AUGAAAGACGAGCGGAAGAGGAAGAGGAUGAAAGACGGGCGGAAGAGGAAGAGCAAGAGGAAGAAAGACGGAGCGGAAGAGGAAGAGCAAGAGGAAGCCGGAGAAGGAAAUAAGAAGCGCAUGGGCAGGAGAAGUAGACGCAAGAUUAUUAUCGAGGACGAGUCGGAGGAUUUGGAAGAGGAUGAGGCCGAUGUAGACUUGGAGGGUUCAAUACUCCUGGAGUAG